UUCACGCUUCGCCCGGCCCUCCUUGGGCAGCCCCCGCCCUGCCUUGCCCCGCCCGCUGACGAAGUGCCCCAGUCCGACGCACCAGCGGGCCGCAAGUUCCUCCGGCGCUCUGGGGGGCUGGCUGGGCAGCAGCUGGGUCCGGGACUCCGCGAGCGCCUCGACUUCUUCAGCACUUCGGCGGGACGCGAACUUUCUUUUGAGCUGCUGUCUUGUCCCAUUGCUUUCCACUUUUUCUCUCUGAUCAGUUUCCUUUCUUUCUUUCUUUCUUUCUUUCUUUCUUUCUUUCUUUCUUUCUUUCUUUCUUUCUUUCUUUCUUUCUUUCUUUCUUUCUUUCUCUCUCUUUUUCUUUCUUUCUCUUUCUCCCUCCUCCCCACCCUCGUCCUGGCUGCCUGCUGGUUGCUCAAGCGGCAGGGAUGGGGGGCUGCCCAAGGGGUCUUCAGCCCCUGCCUCCCAGCUCCGGGGGCCAAGCGCUCUCCUGCCCCCAGCCAUGCCCAAGAGAUGCAGAUCAAGCAGGAACCGGCGGAGACCAGGGCUCUACACAUUCCCACGGAGCCUGGCGAGAAUUUGCGUCGCCUUCGGGGACGGAAACUCCUGCUGGGAGAAGAGAAGAACCUGGCCGGGUGGUCGUUGCUGACGGCCGUGCUGGGCAUCUUCCUGAUGGUGCUGCACACGGAGCUGGCCUGGUUCGGACACUGCGAGUGGUUUGCUUAUGCCUUCAUGACCAAGUGCCUCAUCACCCUCUCUACGGUGGGAUUAGUGAUCCUGAUCCUGGCGUUUCACAUCAAAGAGAUCCAGCUCUUCAUGCUGGACAAUUCCCUCACCGAUUGGCGAAUUGCAGUCAGCACCCCGAAAUUGGCUCUCAUCACGCUGGAGCUUUUAGUCUGCUUCCUUCACCCCUUUCCAGUGGGAGAUUUCGUUUGCCUGGAUCCCAAAUCGGAACAGACCCUCGUCUUCCUCUCCGAUGUUGACAUGUUGCUCUCACUGGUGAUGUUCCUCCGCCUCUAUUUGGUCCCUCGAGCUGUGCUAAUGUGGAGUAGUGUGCUGGGAGAUGCCUCCUACCGCAGCAUUGGGUCCCUCAACAAGAUCCACUUCCAGUACCCUUUUGUGUUACGGGUGAUGGUCAACAGCCAGCCGGGCCGUGUGCUGCUGAUCUUUACAAUGGGACUCUGGAUCAUCGCUUUUUGGAUACUGUCCGUCUGUGAACGGCAGUAUAUGGAUGAGAACAAUUACCUGGGUGGGACAUUCUGGUUGAUUCCCAUCACUUUUCUGACCAUCGGCUACGGAGACGUGGUGCCCGAAACAGUCUGCGGGAAAGUCGUGUGUUUGUUCACUGGUGUCAUGGGAGUGGGGUGCACUGCUCUCCUUGUGGCCGUGGCUGCAGAUAAACUGGAAUUCACCAGAGCAGAGAAACAUGUCCAUCAUUUCAUGAUGGAUAUCCAGUGUACCAAAGAGGUAAGAGAAGCUCUUUGCUUGAUGGAAUUUCAGAGGGGCAGAGAAAUCCGCUUUAGAAAUCAUGUCUCAGCAACUGGAGCCAAAAAAGACUACAGUAACCCUUCCUUUUGUCUAAGGCCUUUUUCUCCCACUCUCCCUUCCUCUUCUUGCUGGGCAGCAAAGGAACUCAGAGAGAUGGGACACUCUAGUUAGAGUUUUGGAUGCUUCUUUUUUGAAAAGGCCAAGGAAUGAGCAGGGCUAUGCAUUUCCCACCCUGCCCUUAUGAGGAAUGCAUAAUUUUCUUUUUUUCUGGCUGGUUUGGUCUACUCUAGGCUAGAAAGUGGGAGAGCAUGAGUUCUAGUCCUGCCUGGAUGACUUUGGGCCAAUCACCAGGAGACUGUGAGUGCUAGUUCCACCUAAGGCAUGAAAUCUUGCUGGAUGACUUAGGGCCAAUCACCAGGAGACGCGGAGUUCUAGUCCUGCCUUAAGCAUGAAAGCUGGCUG